UGUUGGGCUCAAUUUGGAUUUAGUUACACUUGGAUGAGCUUUCCAAGAUUUAGCCAAAAAAGUGAAGUGGGGUUGAAGAUCAGAACUCAAGAGUGAACAACUUUUUUGGAAUUUUCCUGUUUAUGAACAACAUUUUUUGUAUUUUCUCUCACUUCCCAAAUCACAGAAAACUUCAAAUUCAGUUCAAUUCAAUUCACUUCAACCAAUGACUGGCCCAACCAAUUCAUUCGCAUUCAUGCUUUGACUUAGCGAGCAAUUUGGGCGGCAUUAAACCUGCUAGAGCCAGCCAUAUGAUCCCUCGACGGCUCCAUCUACUAUUUUCAACUUCGAAUUCGUCGCCUUCCAAUUAACCCUUCAAUCAUCCGCCAUUACCGUCUUUCCCAGACUCGCUUCCCAAAUGCAGUGACUCUGCUCCGGUGAUUUUGCGUCUUUUUCUGUCUUCCCCUUCGUUUUCCGGCGAAGUUUUCAAGCCCCCUUGAGAUGGGUAAGAAGCGGGUCAUGGUGCCGGUCGAGAAACUUGACUUAUCGGCGGUCAAAUAUGAGAAAGAGGUGAUCCAAGCUCCUCAUCUGGCUGGGUUUCUCUUCAAGCUUUUCGUUGGGAUUCUCGAAAUUCCUGUUAUCGGUUCUUUCGUAGUCUCCAUAUUGAAGAAGCAGAAUAAAAUAGUUGAGUUGCUGCUGAAUACAGUAAUACCAGAAGCACCCAUGUUCAAGCCUGAAUUUCCUCCUCAAGAAGAAGAGCCUGUUAUAUCCACCCUUGACGAAGAUGGGAAACCCGAAGACCGAGUAGACAUAGCUGUGCGGUGUCUUAUGCAUUAUGAUCCCACUUCCCAUGUUAAGAGAGACCCGCCUUCACCAUUCAGAUACUGGAAAAUUCGUGACUAUGCUUAUGCUUAUCGGUCAAGGCUUGUGACCCCUUCCAUGGUUGCAGAACAAAUAAUUCCAGUUAUACAGGAGUUCAAUCACAAGGAACCACCAGCACCAUUAUUGAUUUCUUUUGAUCCCGAGGAAGUCAUGAAGCAAGCUGCUGCUUCUACACAGAGGUUUGCAGAAGGAAACCCAUUGUCUAUCUUGGAUGGGAUAUUCAUAGCAAUCAAGGAUGAUAUAGACUGUUAUCCUCAUCCAACCAAAGGUGCAUCAACAUGGAUGCAUGAGGUACGCUCCGUGGCGAAGGAUGCAGAUUCUGUUUCAAGGUUGCGUAGAUGUGGUGUCAUAUUUGUAGGGAAAGCAAAUAUGCACGAGCUGGGUAUGGGUACAACUGGAAAUAAUCCAAAUUAUGGAACAACAAGAAAUCCGCAUGCACCUGAUAGGUAUACAGGAGGAUCAUCCUCGGGUCCUGCAGCAAUUGUUGCUUCUGGUCUUUGUUCUGCCGCACUUGGUACAGAUGGGGGAGGUUCGGUUCGUAUUCCUUCCUCUCUUUGUGGUGUUGUGGGCUUAAAAACAACGUAUGGGCGGACAAGUAUUAAAGGUUCACUAUGUGAUUGUGGGACUGUCGAGAUUAUUGGACCAAUAGCGUCAUCAGUGGAAGAUAUCAUGCUAGUGUAUGCAGCAAUAUUGGGUUCCACUCCUGAGGAUAAAAUCAGCUUGAAACCAGCUCCACCUUGCUUGCCGAUUUUAUCUUCACAUGAUAAUUUGAAUGUUUUGGGGUCACUACGACUGGGAAAAUACUCACCGUGGUUUAACGACGUCUAUUCAACCGAUAUCUCUGAAAAGAGUGAGGACAUUCUUGAAAAUUUGACAAAAUCCCAUGGUUGUAAAAUUAUAGAAGUUGUCGUGCCUGAGCUGCUUGAAAUGCGCACUGCCCAUCUUGUUUCGAUUGGUUCUGAAUUUCUUGCUUCAGUGAAUCCUGAUUGUGAGGAUGGAAAAGGUAAAAGAUUGACCUAUGACAGUCGUACUAGUUCGGCACUAUUUCGGUCAUUUACUGCAUCAGAUUAUGUGGCUGCCCAGUGUCUCAGGCGAAGAAUAAUGCAUCAUCACAUGGAAAUUUUCAAGCAGGUUGAUGUAAUCGUGACCCCGACAACUGGCAUGACUGCACCACUUAUACCUGCUGAUGCUCAUAAAUAUGGCGAGACGGAUAUGCCGGUUACAGGUUAUCUCAUGCGGUUUAUUAUUGCGGCCAAUCUUAUUGGACUCCCUGCCAUUUCAGUCCCGAUUGGUUACGAUAAACAAGGCCUCCCAAUAGGCCUUCAACUGAUCGGCCGUCCAUGGGGUGAAGCUACAAUAUUACGUUUGGCUUCUGCAAUUGAGGAAUUGUGUGGAAGUCCAAAGAGGCCAAUGUCAUUUUAUGAUGUUUUGAAAAGUUGAAAACUGACCCAUCGAUGCAACUUCAAUGGCUUCAACCUCUGUAAUCGAUCGAUUGAAAACUUCAAUGAUCGGGAAAGAAAAGUAAUAAAAUGUUCUUCGCGAUGUAACAAUGAACAUUUGAAUUGUAGUUUCCAUUUUGGUUCUCUCUAUCUUGAGAUUGGAGAAUGUACACAACACAGGUGAUUCUGUGAAAAACCUUCCAUCCAUCAGCCUCUAAGAACAUUGAGAGAGCUAAGAAUGUGAUUAUUUGCCUAUAUAAUAGGAAAUCCUUCAAUAUUUGAGUUAGUUUUCAUUUCA